AGUUCGCGAAUUUCAAUAACAUGUGUCAAAUAUCUAAAUGGGAAUAUCGGAAUAUCUAAGUGCGGUAUAAUAUUUCCCAGAGACGCCAUUGCGGAAUUUGACGCGAUUUAAUUACUUAUUCUGCGUUUCCAAUUAAAACAUCAUUAACAUAACUUGCGCGUCAGAGUGUUAAAACUUUGUUUUCGUAUAUACAUGUCAGGUGUAUAAAUGGCGUAGUGGGAAAACGUUUGAAGCGUGAUUCAGGCAAAGUGAUUCUUUUUCUCAAAGCUUCGGUAUCCAAACGGUCCACAGUCCUCAAAAUAUGAGAAGAUGGCAUUUUUACCAACAAGCAACUGCACGCUAUCAUACGACAAUGACGGAGGAUGUAAGACGUAUUUUGGGUGAUGGUAUCUUUACGUCUUAUAUAUCAACUGAUUCUUGUUGUCUGGUUUGGAUCCCUCAUAUUCAUUUUUUCGCAUAUCACUGAGUUAGGUUACCCUGAACCAAUAGCGAUUACAACAGAAGACGUUGAUCAGAAUCUUUAUGGACCGAUUUAUGAUUUCAGUAACCAGACUAUAGAGAGAACCGCUAAUGAAGUCAAGACAAAUUCUGAUGAGGUCACAAGUUCGGAGGAACUCCCUCUAGAAACUCUACAAUGUCCAUUACCAGAACCAAGCCGUGCCUACCCAUUCUGUCAAGAACACGUCGUGGAACUCUGGGACCACGGGGAUCAACAUUGUUAUAAGAGGUUUGGUGUGGAUAAAUCAGAUGACUGCUCUGUUCUUAGUUACCUAAGUGAGGUAGAGCGCUGGUGCCCGUUACUUCCAGGAAGAAAUAUCACCUCUCGCAACCAAUCGAAGCCCGUCAAGGCCAAGCUGCGGAAAGAUAUAAAGGGACUUUUUAAAAUCCUCAAAUAUUCCUACUAUAAAUGGACGAGAAAUCGAUUGUCAAGUUGGUGGAGGGAAUGGACGGCGGCUGUUCAGGCUAUUACGAAACGACAUAAACAAACGAAACGGAUGAAGAAAAAGAUAUUAGUUUUUCUUGGUUCGUUUGCUGACGUCCCGACCUUCUUCUACGCUGCCACAUCCGGGGGCCCGCUCGGUGAACUGGUUCAAUGGACUGAUCUCAUUGCAAGCAUUUAUCUACUGGGACAUGAUCUGACUGUGUCUGCCGCUACGAAAAACCUACCACGUUUACUUGGUCAACCAGAUAGCGAAGAUUGUAUACCAGAAGAGAAUGCUCGCGCUGCCUCGAAAUUUGACAUCAUAUUUACCGAUAUCGUUGGUGUUGGCCUGAUUAAGAACUUGACUCGACCACUUUUUUCAAAAUACAAAUGUCGUUUGCGGGUCGUUGAUUCGUUCGGUACUGAUGCAGAGUUCAACCAUCGUGGUUAUCGAAAGCAUAUUCCAGGUGGUGGAUCUUAUUGGGGAAAACUGGAUCUUGAUUUGAGGCAAUUUAUGACAAUGUUCCCUCAUAGUCCUGACAAUACUUUCUUGGGCUUUGUGUCUGGCGUGAAAGUGAACGCGACUGAGAGUAAACGCAUCCUCGCUAAGAAACGUGACCAAUGUCUUGUGUAUGGCAGAGUUUUGGAAUACUGGCGGGGUCAUUCAAAGUAUCUUCAACUUUUGAAGCAAUAUGUCAGUGUUCAUGCUACAACAAUUCGAGUUAACAGCGCCGGGAAGGAAACAGAACGCGUCAAGAUGCCGGGUUAUGUGAAGAACCAUGGGAUUGUUGGACGCGAUGCUUUGAUGCACUUGUUACAGCAGUCGAAGAUAUUUGUCGGUUUGGGAUUCCCCUACGAAGGACCUGCUCCAUUGGAGGCCAUUGCCAACGGUGCUGUCUUCUUAAAUCCAAAGUUUAAAGUUCCCAAGAAUCGUACGAACUCCAAGUUUUUCAGAGGAAAACCUACUUCUAGAUCGUUGACAUCUCAGAGUCCUUAUCUGGAAGAGUUCGUUGGUAAGCCAUAUGUUUACACUGUCGAUAUCAAGAACCUGACUGAGAUCAAUGAAACAUUGAAAGUUAUUUUAAAGAAGAAGGUUCCGCCAUUUCUACCAUUGGAGUAUACGUGUAAAGGAAUGCUUGAACGAGUUGAUGCCUUGAUUGCAAACCAGGAUUUUUGUGAUGGAAAACUGUGGCCUCCAUUGGACAGGUUGAAAAUUGUUUUGGGGCAACGUGGUGAUUCUUGCAAAGAGGCUUGUGUCAAACAUGGGCGUGUUUGCGAACCAGCUUAUUGGGAAGUGAUAAACCAAAAGGCUUUUUUAAAAAAGUUACGGAAAUGUGAAACGUUUGAAUCUGAAAGCGUGCUUCACGCACCGUCGUUUAACGGCAAGAAUUCUGUAUGCUAUCUUCAGGAAAACGUCAUGUUGUUUUCCUGCGUUGCCAAGCAACGAACUUUACAACGGCUUUGCCCUUGUCGUGGUUAUCGGAAGGAGCAAGUGGCACUCUGCGAAGGAUGUUAUUAAGGUAGCUCUGGGUGUUUUUCGAAUCGAGUGAUUGUGCCAACCAUGCAGUGGCAGUCAACUCUCGCACAGAGUGGGUUUAGUUGGCCCGGAUUUGCGAAGAGGGUGAAGUAUAGAAGGAUGUUAAAGCACCUUCCCCUCCCAUGUUCAAGAUCUACGCUGUGAAGGCCCCUUGCACUCUGGUCCUCCAUAUCGCCCUUGGCCUGGCAGGGGGGUCCCUCCCCUGAGUGUGGAUGAAGUCAAGAUGCGAUAACGGAGAAAUCAAGUCGAUGCGGACUGUUCAGAGUCCACUGAAUCAAUAAUUUAUUAAAUAAUCAUCAAUAUUGACACAAAUGUAGUGCUUUAACUGACCUCUAUAGGCACUGCAUAGAUAAGGUUAUAGAUCACU